AAACCCAGACAGAAUUCAUCUGGAAAGCCUGGCCACUCAUUUCCCAUCGGGUGAGGAGGGUGUCUGCCCAUGCACACGCACGGCACCAUGGGAAGCUCCCCGGAGGUGCUGUCCUGGACGUCCUGUCCCAGCCUGCUGGUGGGGAAGCUGAAGGAGGAGCUGAAGCUCACAGUCGGCGGCGACUCCAUCAAAAAAACCAACAGUAACAUUUCUCCUCAAGCGCUGCUUCCUCCGGCGCCGCCUCCACCACAGAUCAUCUCAGACCUAGCUCCGCCCACCACCCUUCCCAUGCCACUGCAGCAGCUUCAGCCUCCCUGCAGGGAUGAUGAGCCCGGUGGCACCAGCCCUCCAUGCACCGCCCUCAGCGAGGACUCGACGCGGGAGCAGGGACACUUCGAAAACAGCGUUCUGCAGCUACAGGAGCACGAGGAGGCCGAGACGCCGGGAUCCUGUGGUCACGGAGGCUGCGGAAGUGGUGGGGAGGAGAAGAACGAUGAGGGCAGGUGUCCGAUGGACCACAGCGGAGACGACACGCACAACCAUCCGCAAGAUGACAUCAAACUGCACUUUCAUAGAGCUGGGACAGGCAGCAGCGGAUUUCUGGAGGGGCUGUUCGGAUGUUUGAAACCCGUGUGGAAUAUUAUUGGGAAAACAUACUCAACCGAGUACAAACUUCAGCAGCAAGUAGACAUGUGGGAGGUGCCGUUUGAGGAGAUCUCUGAGCUGCAGUGGCUGGGCAGCGGAGCUCAGGGCGCCGUGUUCCUCGGGAAGUUUCGCUCCGAAGAGGUCGCCAUCAAGAAAGUCAGAGAGCAGAAGGAGACUGAUAUCAAACACCUGCGCAAGCUGAAGCACCCCAACAUCAUCAGCUUCAAAGGUGUUUGUACACAGGCCCCGUGUUACUGCAUCAUCAUGGAGUACUGUGCUCAAGGGCAGCUGUAUGAGGUUCUCAGGGCCGGUCGUAAGGUCACACCACGGCUGCUGGUGGACUGGGCCUCAGGGAUCGCCAGCGGCAUGAACUACCUGCACCUCCACAAGAUCAUCCACAGAGACCUCAAGUCACCAAAUGUGCUAGUCACUCAAAAUGACAACGUGAAGAUCUCAGACUUUGGGACUUCUAAAGAGCUCAGUGACAAGAGUACGAAGAUGUCAUUUGCGGGUACGGUGGCCUGGAUGGCUCCAGAAGUGAUCCGGAAUGAGCCGGUGUCCGAGAAAGUAGACAUCUGGUCGUUUGGGGUGGUGUUGUGGGAGCUGCUGACCGGUGAGAUCCCCUAUAAAGACGUGGACUCGUCUGCUAUUAUUUGGGGUGUGGGCAGUAACAGCCUUCACCUGCCCGUGCCGUCCACCUGUCCCGACGGCUUCAAGAUCCUCAUGAAACAGACCUGGCAGGGAAAACCCAGAAACCGGCCGUCCUUCAGGCAGAUCCUCCUCCAUCUGGAUAUCGCCUCGGCCGAUGUACUCGGGACACCACAGGAGACCUACUUCAAAUCUCAGGCGGAGUGGAGAGAGGAAGUGAAGAAGCAUUUCGAGAAGAUCAAAAGCGAAGGCACCUGCAUCCACCGACUGGACGAGGAGCUGAUCCGCCGCAGAAGAGACGAGCUCAGACACGCUCUGGAUAUCCGAGAGCAUUACGAGAGGAAACUGGAGCGAGCUAAUAACCUGUACAUGGAGCUCAGCGCUAUCAUGCUACAGCUGGAGGUGCGAGAGAAAGAGCUGCUCAAGAGGGAGCAGGCUGUGGAGAAGAAGUAUCCCGGUACGUACAAACGUCACCUGGUUCGGCCCAUUGUGCGGCCCAAUGCCGUUGAGAAGCUCAUUAAGAAAAAGAGCAGCAUGAAUCAUAAGCCCGGGACACAGCAGCCAAAGAGGCCGGAUCUGCUGCGCUCCGAUGGCAUUCCCAGCGUCGAGCCUCUUCCGGCUCCGUCCCCGUUGUCAGGAAGCCCAAAAGUGUCCACCCCGCCUGGAAAAACCCGUUACCGCAGUAAACCCCGCCACCGGAGGGCCAACAGCAAAGGCAGUCACAACGAGUUCCUAGGAGCCCUCAAAACCAACUCUGCCCCGUCCGAGGAACAGCAGCCCCUACAGGACAGGGAUCAAAGCUACCAUCCCCAUCCCCCCGCUCCGCUCGAGGGUCCGCUGUUACCAGUGCAGAACCGUGUAAUCGCUGUAGCCACCUGCGCUAACAACCUGCGCUACUUCGGCCCGGCCGCCGCCCUCCGCAGCCCGCAGACCGACCAUCUGCAGCGGAGGCUGUCCGGCUCCAGCCCUGACCUCAUCUCCACCGCCGUGGACGCUGACUCACGCCACCGCAGGUCCUCCGUCCCUCCGUCCUCGGGCUCCGGUGCCUGCUGCCAGGAGCAUCCCUUCCCCGGCUGCCUGCGCUGUCAGGAGACGCCGGCCGCUCCCAGCCACCCCGAGCUCCCGCAUUACUCCCUGCUGAGCACGGGUGAAGAAACACCGCCCGCCGUCAAGAGACCGAUGGAGCCCACGGCCGGAGGAGAAGCAUCAGGAGAGCAGUCGGAGCAGAGAUCCAGCGGCCUGCUGCACUCACUCAGACCCCUGAGAAACGUGAGCCUGAUUCACACUUGCUUUAAACUGAUGCUAAUGUAAGGCUUUUAUAUUGGU